GCUCUACCUGCGCCAACGGUUGUGCUUCCAGUUUUUGGCACUGACCUAGUGUACGCUUUCUUGUCUCUACCUCGACGAAGGAGGAAGAAAGAAAAGAAAGAAAAAAAAAAAAACAACAAAAAAUUUCUUGUGUCUGUACGUGGUUUUCGUGGAAAUCAAGUGCAGCAGACGUGUUCUCUGAGACAUUUGCGACUGAGUGAACUCUGCGGCAAGAUUCUGCCACCCGCCUCUGGACGCUUAGUUUGGGUACUUCUGAACCGGCAGGUGAAAGGAGCCAAAGGUCAGAUCCCAGAUAAGAAAGAGAAGUCGCGAGGAAGGCCAUUUGCAUUCUGGCUUUGGUAACUGACCUUCUGUUGUCACCUCCCGGCGGAAGGGUGUUUAACGGAUUGCUUCUCACUUGGCGUGAAAACAGCUGGCCUCGGUGGCCUGCAUGGUGAGCUGCAGACAGAGUGAAGGGCCUGCCUGCUUUAAAGCAGUGUGUAUGCUGGCAGUUAUUCUCCAGAUUCAUAUUGACACACCAUGAAGACACAGCGCACCCUGAUAGCGCUUAUGCUGGCCAUAAUGUGCCUGCAGGCAACACUGGCAAAGAAAGGAAAAAAUAAAAAGAAACAAGAGCAGGCACCAGAGUGGGCGCCUAAAUCAAAUCCAGGGAAAAGUGAGAGGCUACAGUCUGAGUUUUUGGGCGAAAGCAUUAAGCUUGACUGCCAGGCUAAGGGAAAACCGUCUCCGAAGGUCACAUGGUUUAAGGAUGGACAGAAGCUUGAGAAGGGCAAUGGACGACUAACGAUCAAGAAACACCGACUGACCAUCAAUUCCUUGGCGGUCGAAGACAAAGGCAACUACACAUGUAGUGUCAGUAACAGCAAGGGACAGAUAGAAUGGACAUUUUAUGUUGAUGUGCUUGUGAAAAUCUGGCCGCUCGUCAUUCAAGGCCCGGAGAACAUCACAGCCACUGUGGGUCAGACUGUCCAGUUCCACUGUCGGGUGCUCAAUGAUCCAAGUGCCACAGUCCGAUGGCAGAGAAAACCAAACACAGAAUUGAUGGAGAGCACAGGGAGACAAGAGUUUCUGAACACGUCUGUCAACCCUGAAAUAUUGGAGCUGACCAACGUGCUACCUGAGCAUGCGGGGGAGUACCGUUGUGCUGUGGGCAAUAUCUGGGGCCUGAAGUACAGCUCUGGGUUUCUCACUGUACUCCGUCCUACAACCAUUGAAACUACCACAACACCUACCACCACCACAACUACCACACCCACCACCACAACCACCACAGCCACCACAACCACUGAGAUCCCAACAACAUUAUUUGUUCCACAUUCUUCAGAGCUUGAUAUCUUUGAUGCUGACACCUUUGAGACGACCCACCAGUCUCGACGUAACAAUAACGAUCGCAGAAAAAAUCCGCGCCGGCGCAAGCCACCAAAGAGCAAGGUGACAACUUUUGCUCCCUUCAUAACCUCAACAUACCUACCCCCAUCUGAGGUGACAAAGAUCUGGAACCACCAAGAAGAUGAUUGGACACCAGCGGAGGUUGAGGAACCUUUGCCAGAGGAUAAUGAUCAGCAAGAUUCUGUGGGCGGGUGGAUCAGUUUGUGGACCAUCUACACCAUUGUAGGUGCUGUUGGCGGUGUCAUCCUCCUCAUUGGGCUGCUGGCUAUCACCAUCGCUAUCUGCUGCCGCCGUGAUGGAGGUGGUUCCUACAAAUCAACCCCAGUGUAAUGCCUCUUUUCAUCUGUUUUAAUGACUGAACAGUUUGCACCUGUACAGUGUGUGUGUGUGUGUGCAUGUGCAUACUUGCAUGCAUGCAUAUGCUUGUGUGCGUGCUCGCGUGCGUGCGUGUGUGUGUGUGUGCACACUUGAUAGAUGUUUGUACGAAGUUUUGUGUAGAAGUGUUCCAGUUUUGAUUCUAGUCAUUAUAGUAUAGAUUGAGUAGAUGAGGAAACAUUUUCAGGUCUUUUUUUUAUGAUGUUCCUUUUUUUGAGGACCAUGCUGCCAAGAGAUAAAUACUGCAUAAUAGGCAUUCAUUGUAAUCACAGGUGUGGAUCUGUUUUAUCUGGAAUGCUUCUGAGGAUGAAAGUAAAAUGACUGAUUCAUCACUGUCUCUAUAGACUUUUUGUCAUUGGUGAUAUACAUUGACACUGAAGGUUUUUUUUAUUAAGUGUCAAGAGGGCAAGAUCACAUUUCACCGACAUGGUAUGUAGGCAGUGGUUCACUGUUAGCAGACCAGAUUUACUGUUAGUAAUGGAUGCAUACAAUCAGCCAGAAGACAGUCCUGGGUCAGUAGAGGUGUCUGUACCCCAUUGUAUUUUCAUGUUUAUAGAACUUGAAAAGGCAGGUAAACUGUGGCAAAUUAGCAAACACCAAAAUAUACAUUUGUCCAUUAGCUUAUGUUUGGUUCAUUAGUGCAUAUGGUGCAACUGAAUGCACAUGUGUUAUACACAUGGCAGUAAACAAAGUGGUGUCAUCCAGUGAACUUGACAUGUGUAGAUGGAGAAACAUGGAGAUCACUGGAGCAAAGUCGCACAUAACUUGUAAACAUUUACAGCAAUGUAUAAUCUGUUGACAUAUUUGUAUAACAUAUUUUAAAAUUCUGUGCGUGUGUGUGUUUGUGUGUGUGAAUGUAUGAAUCCAUGUUAAUCAUUGACCAAUUUUUAUUUCAUGUUAACAGUUUGCCUUUUGAUUUUUUUAUUACAGUUAUGAAUUUGUGUGAUUUUGUGGAUUAAAAAGGGCUUUAGAUAGAUUCAUGUAAAGUCUUAAUUUAUUAUUUUCACAAGACAGGGUUUAACAAAUUUAACAAGGAACACAGAAAGCCUUUUCUACCUAAAUGGAUCCAUUAUCCAUGGAGCCUUGCCCAUGUGAACAUGUAUACCAUCAACGAAACUCUUUAAGAAAAGGAAUCCCAAUGGAGAAAUUAUGAAAAAAUGUUUGCUUUGUUAAUUCUUAAGGCAGCGCAUUUGACAAGAAAGAAUGCAGAUCCUGUUUUCUGUUAAUCAUAUAAAGUCCCAAAGACAAAAUAUCUUUCCUAUUAACUGAAACAAACGAGUGAAAAAUGUCGAAAAGUACGAACACUUUUGAAAGAUUCACAGUAUCUUCUUGUACUUUUGUGUUUACAUUUUUUUCUCUAGUAUUUUGCCUGCCCCCAACAUUUUUCUUUCAUCAGCAUGAUUCAUUUUUGUUCCAAUAAAACGGGUAAGGGAAAUAUUAGGGCAAAAAAUGGUCCAUUCUGGUUACUCAAAAUGUCACAUUGUACACUUUAUGCUAGUUUUAAAAUAAUUUUGGGAAGUUGAUUCCUCCCAGAUGUGCUGUUGUUUGCAAUGUUAUCCUUAGUCUUGAACCUUUCAUGUACGUUAGGAUUGUGUGGUUUAUUAUUUAUUGUGAGAAAUCUUUUUGACUCAUGCCAUUUUUAUUUUAAAACCUCUUUUACAUGCCUUUACAAAUUCCAUUAUUUCAGGAGUGUUUGUUAGCCCUUUAGAACAAGUAUUUAUUACAAUUUCAAUUAGUAUCACAUGCAUUUAGAGGCAGUCUUACCCAAUAAAGUCAUAGACACAUCUCUUUCUUUUGGUCUAAUACCUCAUCCCUUUAGGACAGCUUCUUUGAUAGUCGUUACUCAAGUAGGAAAAAAAUUAGACAGGCCAAACAACCAGUCCUUGUUCCUUUCCUUCUGUGUCUCUGUUCUGUUUCUUUUUCAUUUUACCAGCUGCUUUCUGUGUCUCACUAGCUUCAUCUCAAUCACAGUCUUUUUUAUACUCAUGCUAAUAUUAAUUGUUCAAAGCCUAUCAGUCACUCUCACAGAAAUCCACUUUUGUGGUAAAUCUUGUGAACACAAAAAUCUGGAAUUUGCAAACCUUUCCCAUUGUCAAACACAAAACUAGUUCAUGUAUGCAUGACAUGAUAUAGCCUUAAUGUUGGUACAGAUAUCAAAAGAAAAUGGAAAUUAUAAACUGCACUGGUCAAUGGUCAACGGGCUGUAACUCAGAUGAACAGUGAACAUGAGAGCAGGAAAUUGAAAUGCAAAUUGUGUGGUAUGAGAGUAUGAAGGGGAGCUCACCAAUACUUCAACAAAAUCUCAACAGUUGCAGAGUUAUCUUUAUUAAAGCAUCCAUCAUUAGACUUAAAACUUCAAGAGUUUAAGGAGCAUCAGGAAGGCCUAUGGUAUUGUGUUUGUCAUUGAAACUAAUGCAUUAUACUCUGCAUCUAUGAAAAACGUUGCUUUUAAAGAUAGAUCUUUCACUUAGUAAUAUCAACCCUAUGAAAGCUACUUAUGUUAGACUUGAUUUCUUGUUUGUUUCUUUUUCAAACAGUUGAUUUACAGUUCAGACUUAUUAGUUUCAUAUUUUUGACAAUAAUGUCUGCAGCUGGUAUUAUGCACAUAAUUACAUAGUACUGAAAUAAAGUGAGAUAUUGGGCAGCUUUUUCUUAUUCUGUCAUAAUAGUUGUGCAGUGUUUUCCAGUAUUUUGCUGCUAAGUUCAAAAGCUACUAGGUGCAUCACCCAUAUUCAGUGACUAUCAUGUAUGUGCAUAUAUAUUUUUAUGUGAUAAGAACAGGUGUGGGGUCGAGUUUUUACUGUUUAUAUUCACUAGUAUAUUUUCAUCUAGUUUUUUUCAAAAUGUAAAUUGUAUUUAAUUAUAAGCAUAUGCUGAUUGUUUCGUUUGAGUGAAGUAUGGAAGUUGUCAUGUGUGUCUGUGUGUGAGUAUGUGCAGGCAGGUAUUCUUUGUUAGGGUAAGUGAAGGUAUAUAACAAAACAUCGGCAUCAAAGUUCACGUAAAAUGAAGAUUUUAUUUUACAUUUUUUUGUAAUUGUAUUUUAAGACCUGAGUUCCUUUUUAUCAAUGCACAAAAUAAAAUGCAUUCUCCUAAGUGUCCUUAAAGUUUCAGUUUAGAAGAAAGUAAUAUGAAUCAAAGUAUAGAAAACAUGCUGUAACACUUUUAAUCUGUCACUAUCAUCUUAAAGAAAUAAACGGUCACUUCGACCCAUUACUUACUCAAAUUUUGAUUUUGGUUAUGGUUUUCUUUCUCAUAUUUGAAAUGCAAAAAUGAAUGUUAAAAAAAUGCUUUCAUUUUAUCAUUCUUUGGUGCUUCAGCAAGGCAACAAGUCAGUGUUUAGAGACUGUAUAACAGGUAAUAAAUACACUAACUUUAACUUGUUUAGACUUCUCAGUGAGAGGGGUAUUUAAUUUUUCUUCCUGUCUAUUUCUUCUAUGUAAUCACUUGUUUAAAUACAAUUUACAGUAACAAAGGUAAUGCUUUAGUAAUACAGAUUAUCUUGAAGAAAAUAGAAAUCAAUUUUCACUGACAUAUGGAAGGAUUUUUAGAGGAUGCUUUUAUUUCUUAAAAUGGAUAUUCUUAAUCAUAUCCUUUUCAAUGUGAGUUUAAGUUAAUUAGGUUGCUAAGAAAGAAGUUUCAUUGUCUAGGGAUAGAAUAUAUAUUUCAUGAAAUGAAUCUUUACAUUGACUGUGUGCACCACUGAUUUUCCUUUUAUGAUGGUAUAUACAUUUUUCGAAUCAUAUGUUAGCUUGCCAUGUGCAACAGUAUUCGUAACUGUUCUAAAAAGUGCUGGCCAUAUCAAAGAGAUCUUUAAAUGCCUUUGAUUUUGACAGCAGUAAGCAUUUGCUGCUGUUGUCGCAAACACAACAUGUAAACAUGUAUAAUAAUGUGCAUAAAUGAUUUUUACCAUUUACUUAUUCAGUACAUACCGUUCCUAGACAGUAUUUCCUUGUAUACAAAUUACAUGCUUUUGUAUCAUUUUCAAAUAAACAUGACUGGUUUAAACACUAUUAUUACCUCAUAAUGUCUUUGCAUAAUAUCUUGUGAUUUUUUUAUGUAUUUUUAUAGACAUUUUGUAUAUUAAAAGCAAAAAUUAUUUUUCUUUUGUAACAUUUGCAGAAAUAUUUUUUAUUUGUAACAUUAUUAUUAUUGGUUUAUUGAGUCUUAGACUUGUGCAGUUAUUUCAAAAGUUACAAUGCAGUGAUGAAAAGAUCGCACUAUUACUGUGAUCAUACCUAAAAUCUCAAAUGAAAAACUAUGCAUCAGCAAUCACCUGCACAGUUUUAAAAACACAACUUGUUAUUUUCUUUAAAAGAAGUGUUAACAAUAGUAAAUAAUAUAUAUAUAUGCUUCAUAUUUGAGGCAACAGAAUACCUGUUCUAAUACUGAAACAAAAAUAUCUCCAGCAUAGUUUUCUUGUUGUGAUUUAAAAUAAUGGCUGUAAGGAGAUUAUUGAUUUUAGUGUCUUCUGUAUAAAAAGAGCUGUUUCUUUUUAAAGUCCAUCUGAAUAAUUCCUUUAUACUUAAAAUUGCAUAUUUCCAAAGAAAAUGAAGACAGUAAGUAAUUAGUGGUAGGACACCUGUGAGAUUUCAGGUUUGUGGUUUCGUGAACACAAUAUUGCCUGUUGCUUAAUUGUUGUUUACUAAUAUUAAUAAAGUGCUAGUCAAUACCUGCAUAUUUUUCCUGUGCUUUUCAGACGAAGAUAUGUAAUAAAUCAGAACACUUUUUUAAAGAGCUCUACCCCCAGCCAAAGCUAACCAUGCAAUGUCUUACAAAGACCAAACAAAACUGUAGACAAAAGCAAAAAUGCUAGCUUACAUUCUACAAGAUAAAAAUAUUCAAUAUGCUAAAUAUUUGUCUCUUUUUAAUUUGAACAUUUUUUCAUUGCCACUAUAUUAUAAAUAUUUAAUUUGCAAAAUAAGUACAGAACGGGAAAGUCAAUGUUAAUUAAUCAUGGUUCAGACAGGUUAAUAUUGAUUGAUACCCACAGUCAACUCUAGUUUGUUUUUGUACCGCCAUUUAAUGGAGGGGGAGGGGAAAUUGGUGUUAUACACGGAGCCAACAACUAAUACUGUAUCACGGCAAAGCAGCCUGCCUUGCUAACAGAUGCUGCAUGUAGAGAAAUAACAGCGCGCCCGAGACCAGAGCUGAACCUAGGACAGCCAACAUUCACUGUAUUGGUGUCAGGUGCUAACAACCACCUGACCACCCCUCCAUUCAAUAGAGAAUUCUUUUGUAACUGAUGAUAAAGAGAUAAAAUUCUGUUACUUCGG